AAAUAUGUUGCUUUACCUAACCCGUCUGUAAAUCAGUUCUGUUUUUAUAUUACACCGUAACAGUUGGUGGUGUUUGAAGUCUCGAUAUUGUCCAUUUGACAGAGUUAUUAGGAAGGGCGUUUGAAGCAUGAGCGUUCCAGCAACUCAUGUUCUUAUGUCAAGGGCUUCCCAACAUUUAGGGGGGGAGCCCAGUGUUCAGAUGUUUGAGGAGCCUAAGCAAAGAGGCAUGCGAUUCAGGUAUAAAUGUGAAGGUCGAUCAGCAGGCAGCAUUCCUGGAGAGCGCAGCACAGACAACAACAGAUCAUUUCCAAGUAUACAGAUCCUGAAUUACUAUGGAAAAGGCAAGGUCAUAGUUUCACUAGUGACAAAAAGUGUUCCCUAUAGACCUCACCCGCAUGACUUGGUUGGGAAAGAUUGCAAAGAUGGGUACUAUGAAGCAGAGUUUGGCCCAGAACGAAGAGUGAUCUCCUUUCAGAAUCUUGGCAUUCAGUGUGUACGUAGGAGAGAAGUUAAAGAAUCUAUUGUGUUUCGGAUUGCAAAAUGCAUCAAUCCAUUUAAUGUUCCAAGGGAGCAGUUGUUGAAAACAGAAGAAUAUGAUCUGAAUGUGGUGAGACUCUGUUUCCAGAUCUACCUGCAAGAUGAAAGUGGACAUUACACCAGGGCUUUACCACCCAUUGUAUCCAACCCCAUCUAUGACAACAGAGCCCCCAACACAGCAGAGCUGAGGAUUUGUCGUGUCAACAAGAACUAUGGGGAUGUGAAGGGAGGAGAGGAGAUUUUCCUGCUUUGUGAUAAAGUUCAGAAAGAUGAUAUCGAAGUCCGUUUCUUCACGCAAAGCUGGGAGGGCAAAGGAUUGUUUUCACAAGCAGAUGUUCACCGGCAGGUUGCGAUUGUAUUCAAAACUCCCCCGUUUCACACUAACAUCACCGCCCCAGUGACCGUUCAGAUGCAGCUCCGCAGGCCUUCGGACCAGGAGGUCAGCGAGCCAGUAGACUUCAGAUAUCUCCCAGACAAUACAGACCCAUAUCACUUUCAAGAGAAGAAAAGGAAGAUCGAAGAGUUCCAAAAAAGAAUGCAAGCUUUACCUGGCAUACACCAAAUGGAAAGGCACAAAAUAGUACCAAAGAAUAUUAAAAAAGAGCCUUUUAAUAUGUUUCCCCAGAGACCAGUAGUGUCCGUGGCCAAUAGUACUUUGCCACAAUCUGUCAGUUUCGUUCAACAGACUCAGAACAACAUGACUAAUUCAAUGUUUACACACAAUGAUCUGCAACAAUCCAGUCUGAUGACCAACCCACCACAAUCCACCUCUGCCAGUAGCAGCUGGUCUCCUGUCGUCACAUCAGGAAUCUCCUUGGACACCAUCAGGCUCAGCCAGCCCAGCACCAGCAGCAGCAUGCUGUCAUCAGUUCAGACCAGCAAGACCUUGCCUCCUUUAGCGGACAACCCUGGACUCCCUCUACUGACAGAUCAUUACCUGAGAUUUUUGGAUUUGCAAAGUAAUCCAUCACAGCCUUCCGUAAACCAGAAGGACACAAACACUAACAAUACCGGAGCCUUGUCUGUCCAACAUCAGAGUACAUUUAAUGUCGCUGGUCCUGACAUCUUUGGUGGGAGAAAUAGUGUUAUGAAUCUAAUGGUUUCCAGCACAGAAAACAAUAUGGAGACUGACGAUAUUCUUUUAAGCGGCAUCCCAGGUUCCAUGUUUCAUUGGAAGCAAGAAGAGCAAGGUGCACAGGCAGGCGGUACCAGCCCUCUGGGGAUGAAUUUCAGUAGUACUGCUCAAGGGCUGCUAAACAAUGGAGGAGGAGUUUUUCAAGGCUGUGUACAACCGUGCAGUGAUGUAAGCAACAGUUUAAACUGUGGCGCACACAAUGAACAGUUUGAGGGAGGGGCUAAUCAAGGGGAAGACCGUUUUGAUGCUAUUUUGCAAGAAUGGUUUUUUCAGUAACGAUGAAAGUGAAAGUAAACUAAAUACGCUGAAAUUGAAAAAACACUGUUUAUUUCAUGAUUUUAAAAGGAAUUGUUUGGGUCCCCAAGUGGAUCGCUUGGUAAAAGCAAGGUCACAUGAUGUACAGGGUGUUUUAGUCAGGGGAGCGCGGAUUGGCGUCGUGGCUGUGCAAAGUGGCCGAUCUUCACUGGAGAUUCCAGUGUCGUUUUUGCUUAGCCACUGACCUUCAGUUCUCCUGAGCUGUUAUAGGGAAUUGUUUUCAAUCAAGCUUACUAGCACAGUAAGUUUUUAUUUUAUUUUUUCACUCAAAACGUUUUGUGAUGUAA